CUGAUGGGUGAAGCGCGCCGCUGCCAUACAAUCCUGUGAACAGGCGGUGACACCAGAGACAAGGUGACGGUAGGGGCGGGGCCCGGGAGGGGAGACGAGCCGGGGGCUGCACGGUGACAUCGCCUGGAGGCCAGUGCCCGGGACAUGCAGGAUGGACGGGCGCUAUCACCGAGCCGCCCGGGACGGCUUCCUGGACGUGCUGAAGGAGGCGACCCGGAGAGAUCUCAACUCGCCUGAUGAGGAUGGCAUGACCCCGACUCUGUGGGCGGCUUAUCAUGGACACUUGGGGGCGCUGCGGGUCAUCGUCAGCCGAGGGGGAGAUCCAGAUAAAUGUGACAUUUGGGGAAACACACCUUUACAUCUGUCUGCUGCCAAUGGUCAUCUGAAUUGCCUAUCCUUUCUGGUGUCCUUUGGGGCCAAUAUUUGGUGUCUGGAUAAUGAUUAUCACACCCCUCUGGAUAUGGCAGCCACCAAGGGGCACAUGGAGUGUGUACGCUAUCUGGAUUCCAUUGCAGCCAAGCAAAAUAGUUUAAAUCCCAAGUUGGUGUCUAAACUGAAGGACCGAGCUUUCCGAGAGGCAGAGAAACGUAUCCGAGACUGUGCAAAACUGCAACGCAAGCACCACGAGCGUAUGGAGCGGCGUUACCGCAAGGAGAUGUCUGACCAUUCUGAUACAAUGAGCUUCUCCAGUUUCUCAAGCUCAGUAAGCCAACGCUUCCCGAGUGCCACACUGCUUGCUACCAUGCCAUAUUCACAUGCUGCAGGCGCCACAAAGGGCAAAACUAAGAUGCAAAAGAAGCUGGAAAGAAGGAAGCAGAAUGAUGGGACUUUUAAGAUAUAUGAAGAUGGUAGAAAAAGUGUGCGCUCGCUCUCUGGACUUCAACUAGGUAGUGACGUAAUGUUUGUGAAGCAGGGAACUUAUGCAAGCCCCAGGGACAGAGGUCGCCAACACCUUCGUGAUAUGUUUUCACAUGAAGAAGAUUCAAUGUCUAGAGCUGUAAGUGACCCUGGACUUCAUUUAGAGUCAGCCCACUCUGAGGUUAGCACAGAUUCUGGGCAUGACUCUUUGUUUACUAGACCAGGCCUUGGUACCAUGGUAUUCAGGAGGAACUAUCUUAGCAGUGGGUUGUUUGGCGUUGGAAGACAAGAAGAAAAUGCACUCAAUAUAGGAGGUGGGGAGGUUAAGCUACGCAGCCGACUAAAACGCUCUUCAAGUCUAGAUGAUAGCAUUGGCAGUGCUAGCAGUUUGGAGGCAAGAAAUGAGCAGGAGCUACCAUGGGAAGAUGGAGAAUUAGGAUUAGAUGAUGAUGAGGAGCCUGACACCACUCCACUGGAGACUUUUUUAGCCUCCCUACAGAUGUCCGAACUGGUCUCCCUGCUUCAGGAUGAGAAGAUUGACCUGGCAGCUCUCACACUCUGCUCAGACCAUGACUUGAAAAGUAUACGAAUCCCACUUGGACAACGCAAGAAAAUCCUAGAUGGCAUUCAGAGGAGAAAACAGGCACUGGAGAGACCCAUGUCCAUGGAAGACACUGAGCUAUAGUGGAAUCAAGCAAGACCCAACUACAGUGCCAGAUAUAUCAUUCAUUAGCCUAGAGACUGACCCACGCCAAAUGUUUGCCACACAAGGAGAUGUGUUACUCUCCAUAGCCUCAUGGUUCAUUCAGGUGCCAAGACAAUUACUUCUGUACUCAAGGAAUUUCAGAAUCCACAGUGUGAUGUGUUUUAAAACAUGCAGAAAAAUCUGCGCAACUCUAUAUUCUUAGUGAUAUAUAUAUAUAUAUUUUUUUUUUCUUUUCACUGUAUAUACGUAUGUAUAUUUCACCGGUCAAGAGAACAAAAGGAGAAUGUUGCCAGACGCCCCGUCAAGAAUUACAACAUAGUUCCAUUAAAGUAAAAAGAACAGUGUUGAGGUUGCUACACUGUGUCUGACUGGGUGUGGAAAUGUCUCUAAAAAAGUUGGCAAGGCUGCUUUACUUUGCCUGGAGCUUCUGCCUCACCCUAGGUUCUGACACUGAUCAGAAAUGCAAUUACUAAUCUCAUACAAGCCCUUUUUGAGUCAAUCUCUUGCGCAUAUUUGACAUGCAGGAUUUAAAGCUGCAGAUUUUAUGCUGCAGAUUUCAAUGUAAACAAAAAUACUUAAUGGAGCUUCAAAUCCACAACAUCAAAUCCUGCGCAUCAAAUCUGGUGUAAAAUAAAUGUUUAUUAAUAUGCUAAUGAGGGUGUUCAGUGCACCGAGGAUAUUACUUUACCCCUAGGUGAACUAAUUUACCCUCACACUGCUGUAAAACACCCUCUUCAUGAAUAUUAAUCUGGCCCUAGGGGUAAAGUAGUGCCUCCCCCGUACAUUGAACACCCUCAUUAGCAUAUUAGUAAACAUUUAUUUUACACAAAUACACUGCAUCGGAGAGGAAUAAUAAAGGUACCUUGUUAAUCAGUGUCAGUUUCCCUUUAGACAACUUAUUCUCAGGCAGAUUUCUAUGUCUGACAAAAGUUUACACUAUAAAGUUCCACUCUUUAGUGUGCUAUUUGCCAUGUGGCUUGUUUUGUUUAUUCUACAGACACCAGUGAUACAGGGGAAACAAUGGGGAACAUUUAUCAAAACCUGUCCAGACGAAAAGUUACUGAGUUGUCCAUUACAACCAAUCAGAUCGCUUCUUUCUGAAAAGGCCUGUGAAAAAUAAAAAUCUGAUUGGUUGCUAUGGGCAACUCAGCAACUUUUCUUCUGGACAGGUUUUGAUAAAUCCCCCCCAAUAUUUAAGUGAAAUACAAAGGAUUUAUGAUCAAUGUCCCCUGUCUCUGAAAUUGUUGUCACCAUCUUAUUAUAGAUCAGUCCAUGCCCUUACACAAUUCGAAAUGGUAGACAUUUUGUGGAAGAUUUAUCAAAAACUGUGCUAAGAAAAAGUUGGCCAGUUGCCAAUAGCAACCAAUCAGAUUGCCUCUUUCAUUUAUUAAAAGGCCUCUAAAAAUGAAAUAAGCAAUCUGAUUGGUUGCUAUUGGCAAAUGGCCAACCUUUCCUCUGCAUAAAUCUCCCCCUACAUUUUCAGUCAACCAAAAUAUGACAUUCUGCGUUCAUGUAAAUAUGGAUUUGUGUGCUAUUUCAUAUUUAUAGGAGCCUAGGAAGCUGACAUCUGGGAUAAUGGCCUUGUGCUAGCAUCUGGAGAGUCAUCAUUAUGUUACCCCCUUUUUUUUUUUUUACUCUUUACUAGAUAGGCACAAGGACAGCUUAGAUCUCAUUACAUCCUUUUAAUGUGAUAACUUGAUUAGCAGUGAAAUAUUGAAGCUAAAACCAGAUAUUUUUUGAAUAUUGAUGCCCAAUUAUACUAGUGGAUGCUACGUGAUAUUGAAAGCCAGAUGAGCCUGUGUUAUUAAUUACAAAGGUUUCCACCAUUCUUAUAAAACCUGGAAUUGUAUCUUGAAAUGCAUGAGUUAUUAACCCUGAUGAAGGUCCCAGUGUAGGAGCACCAAAACGCAUAGUAUGGUACAAACUUAAGAGUACUACUACAUGUACUCCAAUGCUUUACAUCGAUGUCCAGGGUCAAUUAUACUUUGAUUCAUUUUCUCCCUGGUAAGAAGAACUCACUCGGUGCUGGUCUUCAGUAGAUUUGCUCCUAUAUUAGCACCACUCUACCAGGUUAUUGGCCUGUUUACUUGACUCCACAUUUCUUUGUAAGUUAUGCAUAUGUCAUUGCAAUAGGAUGCACCUUUCUGUUUAAUUUACAGAUUUUUUUGAGUAUUGAUGUGCAAUAAUAUGAGUGGAUGCGAUGUAUGUGAUGUGAAGUACCCGUAUAGAACAAUUUAGAUCUCAACAUCCUGUUACUGUGAUAACUUUAAUGGCAAUGGAAUAUUGGAAUUAAAGGGAAAAUUACUUACUGCUUAAAUCAGGUUUUUAUGUUAACCAUAUUUUUGAAACAUUUUUGGUAAUGCUUUUUCCAUUUUUAUAUCAAUAUUAUAAAAUAAUUGUGAAAUCUUGCAGUUUCUAUUCUGGCUACUAUCCUAAAACUAAGUUGAUACUUCUAGUUCUGUACAGCAAAUUUUCUAUCAGUGCUUUUUUAUCAGCACAGACAGGAGUUCAGUAAAAGGUGAUACCAGUAGAUAACAAGGCUACACACAAAAGCUGUUGUGCACAGAUCAGCCUCUCUCUUCCUGUGGAAUGACCUCUGAAAAGUUAACUGAGCUUUUCCAUACAUGUGAAUGGGACAGCUUCAUUUUAUUGCCUAUGUCCAUGGGUCCUGCUGUAAAGUGUAUCUCUAAAUCUCUAAAUGCUGUUAAAAAAAAUCUCAGGCAAGAUUGCAGCCCCCCUAUAAUAAUGUACAAAGAAUAAUACACUAUUCUAGAAGUUAUUAAAAUCCCUGAUAUGCUUCCAACAGCAAGUAACAUGAACGUUGACUAAAGAAUCCUCUGGGCCUAACCUGCAGCUACACGGAAAAAUGUUUGACCCAUUUAAGAUCCUUGAAACAUGAGCCUGUUGUGAAGGGCAGGGAUAAGUGCAGCCCUGAGCUCACCUACAGCCACUUCUUCUCUCUACCUGAGGAGUAAAUCUCCUAAGCGAUGAAUCCUCAACUGGGCAGUGGUCCAUGUUCUGAGUAAGUACAGUGAUGUAACAAGGUGUAAACAAUGAACAAAACACUGUAUAAACAUUAGAGAAACAGGUCAGGAUUCAGAGGGAUAACAAACAAAAUGCAAGAAAGUAAACACGUAAUAAACACACAAACUGAUUGGAGAGUGGUAAAAAGAGUGGUCAAACAAGAAGAGUAGUCAAACAAGCCAGGUCCAAACAGAGAGCAGCAAAAGUACCAAAUCAAUAGGCAGAGAACGGUAGUGUCACAAACUGAGGUCGGAAUAUACAGAUUUAAAACAGACAAGGAAUAUACAAGAGCGAGUGCAGAAGAACUGAAUACAAUCAAGGAGUGAGCAGACCAGCUAGGUAUUUAUAUGCACCUGAGAAGCAGGGGUCAAGUCCUGGAAAAAAAAAGUGUGGGAACUAACCCAAGAUUACUAAUACAACACCCCCCCCCCCCCCCACACACACACACACACACUUUGCGCAAAAAACAAAAAAAAACAUCCAAGCUAAAACUUGACAUCCUGCAUGGUACCAGGCUGGCUUCUUAAAGGCCCCAGGCAUACAGCUGCCUACGGUUUAUAAGAGUUUAGUAACAGGGCAAGACUCAUUGCUCAGUCACAGAUUUUAACUGUAUACACAUUAUUUUUUUUAUAGCAGGUUAACCUUCUGUGUUAUCCUACUAGGGGGCUGUUCACAUCACCAUCUAACGCUUUGAAUAUACAAAAUGGGUUGCCAGCACAUGCUGUGGUGUACUGGCAGUGGUCUAUUUCACUUUUUAUUUCAACUAAUGACUAAGUAUUAGUCCAUUCCCUGCAUGUAUGUUAACUUUGCAGCACUGUAAAGCACAGCAGACCACACUUUUUAGUCACACUAAGUAAACAUAUGCAUGCAGAAAAUGAACUAAACAUAGACACUAGCCCUUGACUAUGUUUAGGCCACUAAAGUAAAUGAGGGCAUUGCCACUACACCGCAGUAUAUGUUGACAGAAUAUAUACCCUAAGUGUAAGGAUAAAUCGUGGUGUGAAUAUAUAGGACCCUAUAAAGUAGCCUGAGAAGGAGAGAACAGAGGUAACUACUGCCCUUUACCCCCACUUCUACUCAGACCAAAUAAACUAUUACAUACAGUUACAUCAGGUGACGUCUUCUCUGAUCAGAGUCGGUUAUUUACCUUUUCUUCUUCAUCUGGCUCAGAAUGUCAUGAUGGUUAAUUCCAGACACAACUCAUCUCCACAGAACCUGCAAGACAAACAUUUUAGACUCUGCACUUUUCCUGCACCUAUAGUGCCCCAAACAGUAAUAAUGCCCCCCCUGUAGAGAUAACCAACCCUCCUGUAUAGCUCCUAUAUGGCAGUAGGCCCCAACUGAAGUUAGUUACCAUCACAGUCCGGGGCUGUUCUGCUCCUCAUUGGCGGGCAGCGGAGGGCCCGGUGUAUUCUAGCAGACGUGACUGUCUCAACACGUCUAUCCCAGCAGCCAUUGCUCUGUUAAAGUGGUAGAGAGCGGCUGCAUUCCUAAUGUGGCGGUGACGGCCCUUGGGUGACUGUCACUGUAACAAAUUAUCUUUCUGAUAACAAACUGUAACAAACGCUUCAUAGAAUUAAGGACACAGCCCAUUUUGGCAUUGAAGACACAAAAAGUUUCCUUUUUCUUUCAUUUUGAUUUUUUCCUCCUCGCAUUCUAAGAGCUAUAACUAAUUUUGCCAUCCACAGACCCAUAAGAGGCUUGUUUUUGCACGACCAAUUGUACUUUGUAAUGGCAUCACUCAUUACAUAACCUGACCAUAAUCUCUUCAAAAAGGAAGAGAACUUAUCUGUUAACAGCUAUUUUGUGGUUCUUACUCAGUACAAGGUAGGGUGCUGGUUGGCUAGAGGCCUUUAACAUGAGUCCUCAUGCACACAUCCAACAUUAAUCUUAUUUAAAAACUGACUCUUCAGUUAUCACUGCUAUAGCACUAGAAUCAACCCAAUUACCCCAAACUAUAAAUGUAAUACAGUAUAUAAAAAUAACAAUAAAUAAUUCAAAUAAAAAUAUAACCAAUAAACCCACCAUAAAGUGACUAUAUGGUGGUCAAUCAUAUAUACCUGCUCUACACAAGUGUUCUUCAAACUAUACAAAAGAAUACUGUGCUGGUCAAAUGCAGUCACUAGCAGAAUACCCAAAAAUGAUAUCCCGUAAGGUGACGUCUUCUUUGAGUAAAGUUGGAAAGUUUAUAUUUCUUCUCUAUCUGGCUGAUCUAUCUGAUGCAGAUGAAGAAGAAAAGGAGACUUAGGAUACUUCAUCUGUGAGUCAGGGGAGAUGAUUGUCAAGCAUUCUACCUGUGACUUCAUGACCACUUCUUAUGAUUGCUGCUGAGAUCUUUGAGAUAUCUUUGGCCCCACUUUUCUGCUGCCAUCUUUAGCUUUUAUUACAGCACAACCCCCUUCACAUCCAUUAACACUGCCAUAAUGCUGCUAUCACAAAUGCUGCUAUCACAAAAACAUACCAAGAGUGCCCAAUGCUGCCAAAUACAAUACUGUCAAAUAAAUAUGCCUGCAGCAUAGACCUCAGAAUUAAUGUACACCCCAUUACCACAUUCCAAGAGCCAUAACUUUUUUUAUAAUUUUUUUUUUGUGAUUUUGCAGCUGAGUAGGUGUGUGUUUUUUUUUUUUUUGCAGCAGAAGUUUAAGCUUUUAAUAGCACAGUUUUAAGGGCCCAUAUAAUUUAAAGGGGUUUAAAUGAAAGUUAGUUUAGUUCAUAAUAUAGUGCCUGUACCAGUGUUUGAUGGAUGGUCUCACAAUUCAUAUGUGAUCUUUGCCCUGAUGUUCAUUUUUUUCUGCAUGCAAAAUGCGUGUAGUCUCAGGUUUUUCCAGGUUGCAGUGCGGCCCAAGAAAUUACAUCAAUAGUCAGGCGUUGAAAUCGAGACUGCUUUUAUUUCAGUGGUUGGAGCGGCUGCUGGGGGGAAGGGGGACCAUUCUUCACAGGGCUGCAGCUGCACUGUAAUGCUUGGAGUGGCUGAUGUGUGGGAGGGAGAAAAAUGACCUCACACUUACAAACAAGGGACCCUGGGACUUGUAAUUGAAGGGAAGAAACUCCAACAGGAAAUAGCCAUUUCACAAAAAGAUAGCAGAAGUGUUUUAGCGGACUCACAACACCGCCAUUUAACAUUAAAACAAGCAUGGAUCCUUCCUAAGCAUUUCCAUUACUGUCUGGCAGGUAAGUACUAAAGUCGCCUUAUGGUGGCUAACCCCUUUAAUUGACUCCUAUUACAUUUUUUCAUCAGGAGGAAAUAGUAAAUCUAUCAGCAAAAAUAGUGUGUAAUAGAAUACUGGUAUGGAGGAAUCACCCAUAAACUGUGGCCAACUACAGUUUUAUAUGACAUGGUGGAAAGGGUUUAAGAUAGAAUUACAAUUGAUGGCUCUUAUGUAGUAAUCUCCCAGCAGGUCCUGAAAGUCUGCUUGCUUGGAUUUGGAGUUUGUAGUUCACCAACAAAUGAAGGGUAAACAGGCAUUGGCAAAGAGGAUUAUUUACUUUUUUUUGCAGGAGACACACUUUAUUUUUCUUAGCAAUCUGCUACCAGGCUCUUUCUCCUUGGUUUUCUUGAGGAUGGCAAUGAAUCUUGCUACCAAUAGUUCUUUCUGCAUCCCAAGUCCAGGAUGUGGGCAAGCAGCAGGCAUAUGCUUAAUGUGUUCACACAGAAGCAGGCAACAAAAAGCUGUACAAUAGUAGGAUUGCAUGGGGGCUGCGGUGAUGUACAGGAGGCAGGGCCCAUGGAAGGAGUAGAAAAAUCCUGCCGCACCAAAACAAGAUCAAGAACAAUCAAGGUCUUCUCAUCUGUAAUGCACACAUUAUUUUUAUGUAUAUGUAUAUAUAUAUAUAUAUAUAUAUAUAGUACACAUACAUAUUACGUAGUUUCUUAUAUUGAUAUUCCAAUAUAAAUUUAAAAAAUUACAACUUGUAAAGGGUGAAAAUAAAUAAAUAAUAAAACUAUUAUGGAUAAAAAAAAAUAGCAUACUCAUCUAACGUUAAAAAUGUCAUCAGGGGAGAGUUUCAUCAGGGGAAGUAAACAGAUGCCGUAGGAGUGGACUGGAGGUGUGGCGCUGCAUUUAUCAUAGUGACUAUGCUGUAUUUUAUUAUUAUUUAAAACCCCUCGAAGGCUCCCAUUUUCUUUUCUGGUUCUCCAGGCAAAGUGACAGGCCAUCAGUCAGUUUUUCUUGGAAAGCCCCUUUAAAUCAGUAAACAUAGAAUUGAAUCAAGCUGAAGCUUAUGCUGCUUGGAUGAAAGAUUGGUGGCCAACAGAGCAUUUUUAUUGAAGACUUACUUCUGUUCACUUGGUUCAGAAGCCCAUCUGGUUCAUGAAGCAUAAUCUGCCAUAAUGUUUUGUUGGGACUUGCAUGAUUGUUAUCAUUGUGUCUCUUUAUGACUGGAUAAAUAGUGUUUUAGUGGGAGGCUUACAUUUUAUAAUAUUUAUAAUAGACGCAGUAACUCAACUCACUCACUGUAACAAUACUCUUAAUGUGCAAUUUUUUUUAUCAUCAUGUCAUUUUAAUGUACAUAUCCUUCACUGAUUUAUUUUUUUAUGUAUCUAUAUAGAAGAUAAAGCUUCAAAUCGCCAACAUUGACAUACAGCAGGUUUAAUAGAUACCAAUUUAGCUACAAGGAGGGGAUUAGAAACCUACUGCAUACUGUGUUUUAUAAUGGAUUCAGUGUAUGGUGCUGUGAAAAGUAUUUACCCCUCAUUUCUUCUAUUUCUGCUAAUUUGUCACAUUUAAAUGUUUUAAACCAUCCAGCUAAUUUUAACCUCUUAAAGACCAGAAAAUGUUAAUAUUUUAAGAGCCAUAACUCUUUUAGUGUUCCUUCGGUUGGGCUGUAUGAGGAUUUUUUUGCAAAACCAAAGAAUACUUUUAAAGACAAAGGAGAAACUGUGCGCACCUCGUGCAGAUCGUCAAAAGGAAACUGGUGAUGUGAAGGUGGAAUAGUUGGCACCUUACCCAGCAGUGUUAUGCGAAGAGCAUAACAUCUCAAAGGGCGUAGAUUAUAAACCAUGUUCGCAGCCUCCAGGUCCCUCCGUUGUUCUAGGAAUUGAUCACUGGUGAUAGAUCCAUGUAGGAGCAGUACUAUGUACCAGAAAAAUGGGACAUUUAACGGGGCGCUGAACGCAAGCAAGUAGAGCCCUUGAGUUCAGCACCCUGUUAGAUGUCCAAUUUUUCUGGUACAUAGUACUGUUCCUACAUGUAAAAAAUACUUUUAGGGCCAGUUCACACCUCAUUUUUUGCUUCAGAUUUUGCUGCCCAUUGACCUUAAUAUUAAAGUGUAAACACAUACUUUAAGCUAUUUUAAUCAAUGCAGUAUAAUUCUCAAAUGGGAUGAAGCAACUGGAACAGUUCUCUUUUAAAAUGGCGGCAACAUUUUAAAGGAGAACUGUGCUGAAAAUUGUUUCAUUUCCCCUGUGUCCAGGCUGCAAAAAAAAAAAAAAUUCACCUUCCUACGUUCUCCUGUUGUGCCAAUAUCUACUUCCCGGUCCUCCGGUGCUGGUCUUCUUCCUGCUUCAUGGGCUUGGUGACUCAUACUGCGCUCAGCGUAUCACUGGCUGCAGCAAUGUCCUGCCUUGGCCGGUGAUGAGCUGAGCGCACUGUCAUGUAAGGAGCCUGUGCCCUGCCUUCUCCUUUCUGCCCGGGCUCCUUACAUGACAGUGCAGUCAGCCUAUCACCUGCUGACAUCGCUGCAAUAUGCUGAG